AUGGUUCAGGUAACAGAACUUGCAGAGGAGAUUAAAUCACUUCAAGAUCAGAAAGUAAUCAAAAGUCCGGUAAAAACUUUAAAUCCAUUUUUAGAUGAAAAAGAUAUAUUACGUGUAGGCGGUCGCUUAACUCAUGCCACAAUUAAUUAUGAUUCUAAACAUCAAAUUUUAUUGCCAAAAAAUCAUAAGCAUACCAAGCUAAUAUUUAUCCAUUAUCAUUUGAAAAAUUUUCAUGCUGGUCCUCAAGCAUUAUUACAUUUUGAUAGGAGAAGAUUUUGGCCCAUUGGUGGCAAAGACUUAGCUAGAAAAACAGUUCAUGAAUGCUUAAUUUGUUUUCGUCAUAAACCUAUCAUUUCAGACCAAUUAAUGGCCGAUUUACCUCCUGAAAGUGUAAAUCCAAAUCUAACCUUUGAUAACACAGGGAUAGAUUUUGCAGGUUAA